AUGGUCCUGAUAAAUGAGAUGCAAGUUUCAUUUGAAUCAUUAAUCUCCCCUGAACUGAGCUUUAUGAAAAUUGAAUUCCCAGAGAGCCAUGAGAUCAGCCUUGCACCUGGCCUGUCCCAGCCACCACCCCCUGGAGACUCCUGGCCUUUCCCCUUCACCGCCGCCCGCCCGGGGCCGCCCCAGCUCGGCCCCGCGAAGCCGCAGGAGGAGCCCGAGCCGUGGGCCGGCCCGGCGGGGCAGCAGGGGGAGCACGAUCCCGAGCCGGGUGUAGGCGCGGGGCGAGCCGCGGCUCCAGCUGCCAGCAGCCGCCGCAGGAGCCGGGAGGGCGACAACUCGGUGCCGGAGGCGGCACGAAAAGCCCAGCGCAGAAACCGAGGAUGCGGCGAACGCGGGCUUCGCCGCCUUCAGCCUCCGCUUAGCCGCGGGGCGCAGAGUCUCCGGCGGCAGCUGCGAGGCUGCGGCAGCUCCCAGGCUCCGGCACCCACCAGGCUCUGGCACCCGCCGCCCCUCGGCGCCGGGGAGCAGGAAGCGGCGCUUGGCCGGCGCGGCCGGGUCCCAACGCUCCCCCCACCCGCGCUCCCUCCCCCUCCCCGCCCAGCGCAGAGCGGGCGCCGGCGGCACGGGCCGCCGCGGGAGCAGCAGGCGCUGGCGUCGGAUGCCUGCGCUACGCCAUCCCGGUGCUGCCGCGGCCUGGACUCCGCGAGGAGCGCGGGCGAGGAGGCGGCGGACGAUCGGCGGGCAGCUGCGGGCACUCCUUUGUGUCACAGUUCAGACAGGAUGGUUUUGACAGCAGUAGUGAAGAACUGGAAGACUGGUUAAUGAAGAUACUAAAAUGGAGUAUCUAGCAGUGGAGUAACUAAGGUGCUGACAAGUUUUGACUUCUUCAUCCUCC